AUCAGACGUGAAGGUUUAUUUUGUAAAGUGUUAAAACUUUGGAUUGAAAUUAAGUCGAUCUAAAGGCUUGAAAACACAAGCAUUUGUCAUGUCAGAGUCUUACGACUUCCUCUUCAAGUUUCUCGUGAUUGGAAGUGCUGGCACGGGAAAAUCAUGCAUCCUSCAUCAGUUUAUUGAAGGAAAAUUUAAACAAGAUUCCAGUCAUACAAUUGGUGUUGAAUUUGGUUCCAAAAUUAUUAAUGUUGGAGGCAAAUCUGUGAAGUUGCAGAUAUGGGACACUGCUGGCCAAGAACGUUUCAGGUCAGUAACCAGGAGUUACUACAGAGGAGCAGCUGGAGCUCUACUUGUUUAUGACAUAUCCAGUCGUGAAACCUUCAAUUCCUUGACAAACUGGUUGACAGAUGCAAGAACUCUAGCAAGUCCCAACAUUGUAAUAAUUCUUGUUGGUAAUAAAAAAGAUCUUGAUGCCGACAGAGAAGUUACCUUCUUAGAAGCCAGCAGAUUUGCACAGGAAAAUGACUUGAUUUUCUUGGAGACAAGUGCAUUAUCUGGAGAAAAUGUGGAGGAAGGUUUUUUAAAAUGCUCAAGAACAAUUCUAAACAAAAUUGAAUCAGGUGAACUUGACCCAGACAGAAUGGGUUCAGGUAUUCAAUAUGGUGACCCAUCAUUACGACGAACCUUACGACCUGGAAGAGGAAGAGGAGAAUCAAGGAGCAAGUGCCCAGCUAACUGUAGCAAGUAGUGAAACAUUAAAUAAUAUAAACAGUCUGCACUCAUAGAAUUUUUUAGUAUUUAAAAAUUAGUAGUAGUCGAUUUGCAUUGAAUAAUGCAAAAUGUGCAUGAAUCAUGGAGUGGUUUUCCAUCAUUGAAUGAAUACAAUCAUUCAUUGAAUGAAUACAAUCAUUGUUUUGUUGCUGUUGUUUAAACUGUAUAUCUCAUUCAUUUGAUGGGAAAUCAUUCUAGUCUUUACCUCUGUUAAUACUAGUCAAGAGACUUAGAGACUUCACAGAUUCAGGAUUGUCCUGCAUGUUUACAGUGGAAAUCCUUCCAACGAAUGGACAUAUAAACUUGUCUGUAUUGACAGAGUGUCUGCUCUAACUGGGCAGAAAAGUAUGAGGGUUUAAUUCAUUGGGAUAUAAAAAUCUGGCCAUUCGAAAGGAGUGGCUGUAUUGAGUGUGUGGCCAUGAGACAGGCUUCCAUUGUAAUUAAGUUAGGAAGGAGGGAGUGGACACAGAAAUUCACAUGAAUGAGAUGCAUGAAAUCUGGAUGAAAGGUCAUUUGAGGUGUCCCAGACCUUCCCCCCCCUGGAUCAGCCUCUGUGAAAGUAUCUCAUGGGCUAUUAAAUUCCUGUUCACAUUAGGUUCAAAGCACAUUGUUGAGGUUGAAUUGUUUUCCUUGGUAUACAGAAACCACAUUUUUCAUGUAGACCUUGUAUCCAAAUUAUUCCUUUGGACAUAUUCACAUCAAAUGUACAACCUAAUGUGUGCCAAACUUUAUCUCACUGAAAUGUUAAUGCAUUAAGAUUUGUUAGUACAUUGUAUUGUAUCUUUGUGCAAAWUGUACAGUUUGCAACUUUUGUUUGAUCUCAUUGUGUCAAGUCAAACCUGAUUAUCACAUGAAUUAUAGGAUAAAAAUGUACAUAAUCUUGAAUCCCAAGGUUUAUGUCCAUAAUCAAAUUAUAAUGUUGAAGUUCCUUGUUCAGGAGUAAUGGAGUAAUGUACCCAUAAUUUUUUGUUUGUUUUGUAAGUGCACUCUUUAUCAGCCAGUAUUAUCAUAGUAUCCACAGUGAACCCAUUAAUAAGAAUAAUCAUUAUAAGCAUUAUAAUGGAAUAACGAACUCACAGAGCACUUGAAGGCCCAUGUGCAUCCAAGAACCUUUGUGGGAUUUUUCCRCAUAUGAAAAUUCACCAUCUUUCACACUUUGGACCAAUCAGAAAGUUUCAUUCAAUAAAAAGAUCAUUUCUAAAACAAAAGAAAUGAUCGUAGAAGUUCUUGGAUGUAUGUGGGCCUUUAACCUGUAAACAGUGGAAGGGAGUCUGUUUACAGACAAUGAGAACUGUUAUCUUCUAGGGCAGGUUGUUCAAGAAUUUAUAUUAAUGUUAAUGCUUGAUCAAAUGUUUAAAAAAAGCAUUGGACAUAACAUUGCUUAAAUAUGCUGCUGGGAUUUGAGCUUUGAGUUUUGUUAUAAAGACUAAUAAUUAUUUACCUCAAACUAAAUUGUUUCACGCAUGUAUAGUACAUGUAUUUGUUAGUUAAAGAUAUAUUUUGUUGAUGAUAGUGUUACUKAUAGAAAUGGUUAGUGUUCACGGAAUACAUCAGUCUAUACACCCUUUUAAUAAGUCCCGAGGUAUUACGUUCUCCGCACUUGACGUCAAAUUUAUUCUUUUGAAUUCCUUUUGUAUUGCAAAAAUUUCAAAAGAAUAAAUUUGACGUCAAGUGCGGAGAAAACAAUACCGCGGGACUUAUUAAAAGGGUGUAUACAUUAUACUUUUUUGUGAAUAUGGAAAAUUGUGAAAGAAAACUGUAAUAUUGUAAUGUAAGAUGAUUAUUGUAAUACUUGUUAUUAUAAUUAUUUCAAAUAUAAGCAAUUAAAUUGCUCAUUCCACACCUAUAAAGUGACGAUAAUGUUGCCUCAUGAAGAUGUUAGAGUGAUUUUCACAAGACUGUUGAAAAGAGCUGUGCUGUAAUAAUAUUGACUUGUGUAGAUAUUCUGUCACCAAUGAAUAGCAACAUCAAGCCAGUUUGGAGAUUAUUAUAGCCAAGAAACAUGGUUGAUUCUUACAAAGUUUUAAUAUCAACACAAACAUCAUGUAAUACUGAGAACAAGGGAUUUUUUGAAAGCUUCAAUGUAAACUAUUAGUACMUUUUGAACAGUGUCAAUUUUUUUUCUUUUUGCAGUCCUUGAAAAYAACUCUAAACCUAUGAAACUAUAAAUCUGUUUGUMAAGGUGCAGAGUCGCAAAUGUAAACAACAGAAUAAGAGACUACAAAGGUGUAUUAGUAUAUUAUCCAUGGUUUUGUGGCUUACCAUACCAUGUGCUGUUAAUGUAGGUUUAGUUUCACUUUAUACAUAUGCUGAUUUAUUGUAAAGCUAAUUUUAUUUUAUUACGAAUGAUAUUGCCAAUAAGAUUAACAUACCAUAAUAUUGUAACUUGUAAGUUUGUAAUUGUUAAUUCAAUGUAGAGUGAAUGAAUCAGAUAUUUUUUCCAAAUCAAAACAGAAAACAAUUUCAUUAAAUCUGCAUUUAAAAUGGAACAUUCUUGAUCCAUUGUCCUCUAUGAACAAUAUUUCUAAAUUGCAUAGGAUAUUACAAGAUUGCUUGUAAAUCUUUCACUCUACCAUAGUGUUAUUUGUUAAAUGUUUGUUGUACAAUGUACUAGUAACAGUCUAUAAKUCAAAUCAAUGAAUUUCUGUAGAUUUA